ACUGAUGUAUCACACACCAAUUCCCACUGGAAAAUUUCUGUGUAAUUUGUGCCCAGGUUAUGUUAGUGUAUAUAUCCCCUUUGUUCCCUGCCAGCGCACAUAUUUUACCGCUUUUAAAGUCUAGCAUUCCUGCCUUCAAAAUAAACUAAAUGUCUCCUUCGGUGGAGCAAAGCUGAGAGAUGGGGAAAAAAGCCUUCUUUCGGGUCUGCCUAACCCCAAAUGUUUUGCUUUCUGCGUCAGCUUCUCCUCCUCCUUUAGACUUUCAUUUUCGUUCUUGAAUGCCAGGCGGACUCCGUGAUCUGAAAGUGACUGUGGAUUGUGUGGAAAUCCGGCUUGCUUCGCGCUGGUUCUCCCAAAGGUGCUUUUUCAAGAGGCAACUGGACUUUCUGGGUUUUCUUUGAAGACGUUUCGCUUCUCAUCAAGAAGCUUCUUCAGUUCUGAUUUCGACCGCUUGGCUAUCACCUUACAAUGGACACUGGAGGCAGAAAGAUGAAGGACCUGCUUGUAGAUGCUUUAGAAUGUCUUGAGGAAAGAGACAUUAAGAAGUUUAAGUUUAAGCUGCGAGAUGCAACAGUUCCUCAGGGAAAGAAUAUUCCACGUGGUCGGUUGGAAAAUGCAGACCGGCUGGAUCUGGUGGAGCUCCUUGUCGAAUUCUAUGAACAGAAAGCUGCUAGACUAAUGAUAACUAUCUUGGAAGACAUGGGUUGCAAGAAAAAUGCUUCCAAUCUCAGCAAAGAGCUCAAGGAUCAAAUUCAGGGUUACAAAAAAAAGUAUGCCAAGUAUGUGAAGGAAGAAUGCAAAAAUAUAGAAGAAAGGAACAGUCUGUGUGGUGAGAGCAUUCCUUUGAAUUCAUGCUAUGCAGAGCUGCUUAUUAUCAAGAAGCAUCAACCCCAAAAACAGAAGGAGCAUGAACUCCUUGCCACUGGCAGGAUGCAUCUGGAAAUCCUGAGAACCAAUAGCAAUCAUUUAUCAACCAACAUUGAAGAUUUAUUUCAACCUGAUGAAUCAGGAAUUCCAAAAACAGUGGUGUUGCAAGGACCUGCAGGGAUUGGGAAAAGCAUGACUGUGCAGAAGAUCAUGCUGGACUGGGCUGAUGGGCAGCUCUACCCAGAUAUGUUUGAUUAUGUAUUUUGCAUUCGUUGCAGGGAAUUGAACUUUGCUACAAAAGCCAGCAGCUUGGCUGAACUUAUUGUUGAGCAGUGUCAGGACAGAGAUGUCCCAGUGGAAGAAAUCUUAGCCCACCCUGAAAAACUGCUCUUUAUCAUUGAUGGUUUUGAUGAGCUUUCUCACUUUUUAGAACCCGAAAGUAACUUGUGUGAGAAGCCUAAUUUAAAGGUGCCUUUGGAAAAUAUUUUAAACAGCCUGCUGAGAAAGAUACUCUUGCCAGAGUCCUUUCUCUUAAUCACCACAAGGCCCGGUGCUCUAGAGAGACUGCAGCAAUACUUGAAGUGUCCCAAGUUCACCGAGAUCGUUGGCUUCUCUGAAAAAGGUCGCCGUGAGUUUUUUUCCAAGUUUUUUGAAGAGGAGAGGAAAGCCAAUAUUGCCCUGAGAUUCAUUGAAAAUACUGUUGCAGUGUCCACCAUCUGCUUCAUCCCAAUGGUGUGCUGGAUCAUUUGUUCUGUGAUUAAAAUAGAACUGGAAACUGAAGAUGAGAUUGCAGGCACCUUGGAUACCACAACAAAAGUCUUUUUGCAGUUUUCUCAUAUUCUUCUUAAGCAUGAUAAUCCCAGAUGGAAAUCCUCCCCUCAAAAUGAGCUCAGAAAACUUUGUUCUUUGGCCAGAGCUGGCAUAAUGCAACAAAAAAUCCUCUUUGAAGAGCAGGAUCUCAAAGAACAUUGCUUGGAUGUUUCAGCUCUUAAGGACCUCUUUUUAGAGAAAAGAACUUUCAGGACAGUUUUGGGCAGGCGCAGUCUCUACAGUUUUUUCCAUCUCUGUUUUCAAGAGUUUUUUGCUGCCAUGUGGUAUAUACUGCCAGCGAAGUCAACAGAAGAGAUGGAUCACAUUAUGGCCGACCUGCAGAGAGUAUUGGUUGAAUGGGAGAUGCCAAAUAAUCAACAUUUUGCACUAACUGUAUGUUUCAUAUUUGGCCUGACAAAUGAAAAGACACACGUCUUCUUUGAGCAAACCCUGCAAUGCAAGACUUCUGACCUUGUAAAGCCUCUCUUAUUACAGAAAGCAGAAGAAGUAGCAGUUAAGAAACACGUUCAAAAACGCUAUUUCCUGCUAAAUUUUUUUCACUGCUUGUUUGAGAGCCAGGAGCCAGAAUUUGCAAAGUGUGUGAUGCAUCACUUCCAAAUUGUUGACCUUUCCUUCAACACGCUGUCUGUGUUAGACUGCAAAGUCUUGGCGUUUUGUCUGCAACAUAGUACAAUUGAGGAUCAUUCCCUUAUCUUAAGUAUCUGCAGGUUGAAAUCUCAUCACAUCAAGGCUUUGGCUCCAGGAAUUAAGAACUGUACAACUCUAGACUUUGGAGAUAACAAACUUGGAAACUCAGGAGUGAAAGUUCUCUGUACCAUUCUGAAGCAACUGGGUAAUUUGACUAAUUUGAAACUUUAUUGCAAUUACCUCACAGAUGCUUGUGCCCAAGAGCUUUGUGCUGUUCUCGGAACUAGUCACAGACUUUACAGUUUAGAUCUUCAAGAUAACUCCUUCACGGACAACUCUGUCCCAUUCAUCCAAGACUUGAUGAAAAAUUGCACCACCCUGACUAUUGUAUAUUUGUUUUCAAAUAGCUUUAAUGAAAGAGGACGAAGAUGCCUGAAUCUGCAAGCCAAGAAGAUAAAUGAAUCGGGACGUAAAAUUUUGUUAUGGUGAUUGUAUUCACUCAUGGCUACAGAACAAAAAGCAAUCAACCUUUCGAGAACAUUUUCAAGGAGGUGUUGCCACAAGGUUAUACCAAUUUCAGUUGUUGAAAACAAUUUUCAGACAAAAAUGUUGAUAGGAACAAUCAUUAGUAUUUUAGAAUAUUAUGGCAUAUUGCUUCCCAGGAAAUCACUUUCUUUGAAAAACAUUAAAUAUCCCCCAAUAUUUAGGGAAAUAGCAAAACCAUUUGACCAAAAUUUAACUAUUGAUUGUAACCCAAAGGUGCUUUUUCUUUCUUUUUUUUUAAAUUUAUACUUUAUUAAAACACAUAUAAAACACAUAUAAAAACAUAUAAAAACAUUUACACAACAAACAACAUAUAAAUGAAUUAAUUUUUUGAAGCAUUUGUUUCGUAUUGGUCCUUCAAUUAGUACAGUUGUACUUAUUCCCCUUAGUCUUAACCUAAUAAUUUCCUUUUUCCAUUUCCCCCUCCCCACUCUUCUAUUCUAUUUUUCUAUUCUAUUUUUCAAGAGGCAACUGGACUUUCUGGUUUUUUUUUAAAGACGUUUCGCGUCUCAUCUGAGAAACUUCUUCAACACUGAACAGAUACUAAAAGCAAAUAUUUGGAAUAUAAUAUCACUAAAGCUGAUUUUAUUUAGAUGUAUUUUUGUGAUCAAUUUACCAAGCAUGUACAGUAUAAAUAUUUAGUGAAGGACUUUAUUACAAUCAGUACACAACUGUGGAUGUUCCUGUGAAUAUUAAUACUAAAUGAAGCAAUCUAGGGAACACAGUUUUGUCAAUAUUGCAUUAUUUAAAUUGUAUUUGUUCCAGUUAUUUUUUUCUGUUUAAUGAAAUACAUGUAUGAUUAUAUUUUGAGGUCAGCUGCCAAUGAGAAAAAUUUGAAAUUGAGCUACUUAGCGUAUUAAUCCACCAAAGCUAAAACUUUAUAGAUAAAAGCAAUGAGACAGUUAAUAUCACAGAGGUGAGUAGAACCUACUAGCACAUAUCACAGAGGUAGAUCAGAACCUCAUAGGACAUCUUGGGGUAUUUUGUAAUAUAUUGCCUCCACUGUAUAGGAUUUAAAUUUCUAAUAUAAAAUUUCUAAUAUAAAAAUGAGCUAUUAUAUCAUCUCAUAUUAUCUCUUUGCCAGAUUUAAUGAUCAUCCCCUGCAUAACUGAACAGCAGCUCUUUGCCUUUAAUCAAUUAUUGCCAAUUAUUUUCUCUGAGAGACAAUCUGUCUUUAAAUAGAAUGAUAUAAAGGAAUGUUAAAGUGCUUCUGGUCAGAUAACAAAACCAGAUAACAAAAUCUGGGUGCUGGCUUGUUGAUAGAAUUUCAUAAUGGAAUUAUGAAACUUUUCAAAUUCCCAUAUCCACUAUUCCCUCCUCCCACCGUCAAUUACCACUGGCAGCAAGGAAUGGAGAGAGGUGCUUGGGCAUUUCACUUUGUUUCAGUUGCCCAAAUAAGAUUGGUGAUUUAGAUACUAUGCACCUUGACUUUGCAGCAAGAAGACAGGAUCUGCUGGCUUGAAGCAAGAACAUGUCUUGUGCUUAUUUCAAUAAAAUUCUAUUUUUUAAAAAAAGUUAAGUUGCUUCUCUGUGAAAAAGUCUACUUCCUCUUUUAAGACAAACACAUACCAAAAAACCCCACACAUCUCAAAUUGUUUAAAAAGUUCCUUUCCCAUUACAGUCGAGAAGGAACAAUAUCCAUGUAGCUCUUUUUUUCAUUUGCUGUUCUUGCCAUGGAAAUCCUAUUUAUCAUUGUUCCAAGUU